AUGAACGCAUUUCAGUCGUCGAGCGCGGACAUCACCAUCAACAGGGGUGAUGUGGUGAAAGAGGGGUGGCUAUGCAAGCAGUCAAAAUUUCUGAAGGAUUGGAGGCGGCGCUGGUUCGUGCUGACCCCCUACUGCCUGUGCAGCUUCAAGACGUCUGACAUCUACAGUUCCAAGCCAACUGAGAUCCUCUUCCUAAGAGAUUGUAGCACUGUGAAGAGCGCUGACGAGGACAUACAGAAAGAGAACGCAUUCCGAGUGGAUACCCCGAAUCGUGUGUUCUUCCUGAUAGCUGACAACAACCAGGAAAAAGAGUCAUGGAUUGGCCACAUCGGAAGGCAGAUGGUACGCCCUUCGGUUAUGGUUAGCGACUGUUAUGGCCAGGAUAAUGACUAA